AUGGCCCCUGAGGUUCAACCACCGUCCUCUUUGGGCGUCACACCUCGCAAAUCCACCUCGUCCAGCAUGGCCACCACCGACAUGGAGAAGGAGCAGGCACAGACCCCGCAGACGAAUUCACGUUCGGAUACAUACCACCAUGUCGACAUCAACGUCAAAGAGAAAGCGGGUGCCCCAGAGCCACCAGCCGCACCCGCCCCUGAUCUGGUCCACACCCUGUCCAGAGUGGCCACGGCCGCGUCCGAGUUGCGGCGGACAGAAACCCGCCAGGACGGGACCGAGUACCCGGGCGGCGUCAAGCUGGUCCUGAUCACCAUCGCCCUGUGCCUGGCCGUCUUCCUGAUGGCCCUGGACAACUCCAUCAUCGCCACGGCGAUCCCAAAGAUAACAGACCAGUUCCACAGCCUGGACGCCGUCGGCUGGUACGGCUCGGCCUACCUCCUGACCACCGCCGCCCUCCAGCUCCUGUUCGGGAAGUUCUACUCGUACCUUAAUAUCAAAUGGGUCUUCCUGAGCGCCAUCGGCCUCUUUGAGCUGGGCUCUCUGAUCUGCGGCGUCGCGCCCAACAGUACGGCUCUGAUCAUCGGCCGGGCCAUCGCCGGAGCAGGCUCGGCAGGGAUUCUGUCCGGGGCCUUGAUUAUAUUGGCCUUCACCGUGCCUCUGCGGAGUCGUCCAGCCUACUCUGGAGGCAUCACCUCCAUGUACGGCAUCGCCUCGGUCGCUGGCCCACUCUUGGGAGGUGUAUUUACGGACAAGGCUACCUGGCGAUGGUGCUUUUACAUCAAUCUGCCCAUUGGCGCCAUCACCGUCCUCGUCGUACUGUUCUUCUUCCAGCCUCCAAAGGGUGCCUUGUCAGCCGCAGCCACAUCGACAAACAAGACCUGGCGAGAGAUCCUGAACGAGUUCGACCCCCUUGGCACCGCCGUGUUCAUGCCCGCGAUCGUGUGUCUGCUCCUCGCUUUGCAGUGGGGUGGCACCACUUACGCCUGGGAUUCCGGGCGCGUCAUCGCCCUUUUCGUCGUCUUCGGCGUUCUUAUUUGCGCCUUCCUUUUUAUCCAGUGGAGACAGCAAGACAACGCCACCGUUCCGCCCCGGGUGAUAAAGAUGCGAACAGUUUGGUCUGGUGCUGCAUUCGCCGCUGCCACCGGCGCCGCGUUCUUCUCGGGCAUCUACUUCCUGCCCCUCUGGUUCCAGGCGGUUAAGGGGUCAAGCGCCGUCAGCAGUGGCAUCAUGAACCUGCCCAUGUUGAUCUCGGUUGUCUUGUUCAGUCUCGUGGCCGGUGUUAUCGUAUCGUUGGUAGGGUAUUACACCCCGUUCAUGCUCGUUAGCACCGUGCUUAUGAGUAUCGGGUAUGGACUCAUCUCGACCUUCCAGCCUGACACCGGCUCGGGUGUCUGGAUCGGCUACCAAAUCCUCGCUGGAGCUGGCGUAGGAUUUGGCAUGCAGCAACCCCUGAUAGCUGUCCAGGCUGUCCUGAGCGACAAGGAUCUCCCUACCGGCACCGCCGUCGUGGUGUUCACACAGACCCUUGGAGGGAGUCUAUUCGUCUCCGUGUCACAAAACGUCUUUAGCAACAAGCUUGUCGAGUACGUGGGCGACUACGCGCCUGGCCUGGACCCUUCCACGGUUCUUUCUGCUGGCGCGACGAGUAUCCAGAAAAUCAUACCGGCCGAGUUCCUGGACGGCGUUACGCUCGCUUAUAACGACGCGCUGAUGCAGACAUUCCUGGUCAGUGCUGCGCUGGCGGCGACGACGAUUGUGGGAAGUGGGUUCAUGGAAUGGAGGAGCGUGAAGGGGAAAAAGGUCGACAUGGCCAUGGCCUGA